ACAACGCACUCUAGCUUCGUCUUGAAAGGUUCUCUCUAUCAGUACAGUAAAAAGAGUGUGUGGUUAAAAGGCAGUGUUCAGUAAAAAAGAGUGUAGUUGAUGGGACGGUCUUCGUUGACUUUUUGAAAGCAAAAAUAAUAAUAAAAAAAAAAUUCAGACGCUGAUGGCCAGCAAUGUUCAGUAUACCCUGUUCCCAUCCCAUCAUCACAAAACUUGGGAAAAAGGAAAGGACUCAAACAUGACAGUAAUAGUAUGCCGGCGCCAUAAAUGACAAUGCAGUACCACACUCCGACGCGUGUCAAAAUCUGACAAUGCGUCCAUCACUCAAAACGUCAAAAACGGAAACGACGGAACGCCAUUUCAAAAUAACUCUUUUCUCUCUCUCUCUCUCUCUCUCUCUCUCUCUCUGUGUGAGUGUGUUGGAGUCUGUUGUUGGACAUGUCGUCGGAGAGUGUCCUAGAGUUCCGGUCUGCGGGGGACGACGCGUGGUACAGCGCGAGAGUGGGGUUGGAAGGCGAGGUAUUAAGGGUGAAGUACUUGGGGUUCUCGGAGGACGACGACGAAGUGUUCAGAGCGAGCGACUUCAAGAGCAGGAGGGAGGUGGACGAAUUCAAGGACCGCUUCAGAGCGGUGUCCGUACAGGUGCAGGACUCCGACUGCUCGGAGGUCGUCACGGGCGACCGGGUCUGCGCCUCCUUCUCCUUUCAUGACAACGACGUCCGCUUCUACGACGCCGUCGUCGAUGGGGUGGAGCGUCGUGAACAUGCUCAGAAACAGGGAGGAGAAGAAGAGUGUUCAUGCGUCUUCAUCCUUUCCUGGCUACAUGGACCAAAUGCUGAGAACUUGACCGCUACAGCUAUUGAAAACAUUUGUCAAGUCCAGUCAACUGCACCAAUAGAUCCCAAGGUGACUUCUUUUCUGGAAGUAGCCCGGGAGAGAUUUAUAAUCAAUAGGGAACCUGCUUUGAUUUCUAAAGCUGGCGGUAGCUCAAACAAUAAGCGGAAGCUGAGUUAUUUUGACCUUCUUAAACGGGAAAAAGGACGUGCCAAGCGGACCCGGGCCGGGAUUACAGCAUGCCCAUAUGAAGCAGGGAGGAUUGACAGUCAUCUGGAAAGGACUAUACAAGAUACAGAUAUUGGGGGGCUAGGAAACCAUUAUGUGAUACUGCUUGAGAAUCUGGAUAAAGGCUUAUCUCCCUUAUCGGUUGCAGAGUUCAUACAUAGAGAAACUUCCAUAUCACCUCAAGUCUAUGUUUUCCCCAAUUUGACUUCAGCGCCAUCAACACAGGGAGCCCUUGUGUUAGAUUGUGAAAUGAAAUUUCUAAAGCUAAGUGAUUUUCUGGAUAAUUCCAACCACAUCAUCAUGUCCUCAAGAGAAAGGCCAUGGGUGAUAAUUGAGAAAAUGUCAGGGCAUAAUGCCCUAAGAGCGUCAAUGUGGAUCCAGGCGGUUACCUCUCAGAUAAAAUUACAGCAAGGGAGCAUUGGAAGUAACGAGUUAAGGGUUGUCCAUUCUGGAAGUGAAGAGUACGAGAGAGCUAAACUGCUUAAGGAUUUAUUUGAGGAAUUUUUUAAUCAUCGAAAGGGACUUCAGAAGAGGCUAGAUUUGGAUGUUGGAAAGAUCAUGCUGUUAUAUCCUAAUAGAUGCUCUGCUUCUUGUUGAUAUGCUUUGGAUUAGGUAUCAUAGAUGCUCUGCUUCCUGUUCAUAUGCUUUGGAUUAGGUAUCAAUGUAAUUUACUCGUGCAGCUUGUUAUAUACUAUCUGUCACACACAUGUAAGUCACUUUUUGACACUAUCUCAAUGUAUUGCCUGGCCGAUGUACUUUUUCAGAAAAAUCUGAUGACAAACAAAUGGAAAUGAUGUGUUGUGAAUGUGUAAUCCGGAAGAUGAAUAUGAAAUGGAAUUGUAAUGAAAAUUGAUGAAAUGAAUAAGAUUGACGAAAUUCGAAGGUCGUCAACCU